AGAGGAGAAUCGAGAUCAACUUUAUGUACCGAGGUUUCAGUAAUAAUACAAUUUUUGUUUCAUAUAUUAUUUCGAAAAUAUAUAACCUAGGGCCUAUUAAUCGUUCUUAAUAUGCAUUAUAUUAAUUCUAACCUAACUUAACCAAUUACUUUGGUUAAUAUUAAUUUCUAAAUUAGAGUUUAACGAUUAGUCAAAGAUAUGCAUAUCAAUUACUUGCAGAGAUUUAAUUUUUGGUCCACUAGAAAAUGUAUAGAUCCCUUUUUUAGUUAUUCAAGCAAAGAAAACUCGUUCGAUACUCUCGACGGUUCCUUUGAUCAGUCGUCUUACCAAUAUCGACGCUUUGACCUUUAUACAAAUUUUCUUUAGCCUUCGUGAAUGGUUUCGCGUUUGAUUAUUUUUUAAUGAACGAUGAAGGGACGUUCAAGACUCGAUAGGAGCUGAUAGCACGAAGGUAAUCGAGAAGAGGAUAUUCGAUUUAGUUAUCGAGAUUUAAUCUUUCAUGUUGAUUCAACGAUACGAAAGUGACGUGGAAGGGAAGAGGGUUAGGAAAUAGAAGUAGAAUAUUUAAUUUUGUAUGCGAACAAGAUUCAAAUUUAUGAAUAAACUCGACACAGUAUUCAAUGAUAAUAGAUAACUUAAUUCGGGUAAAAAUAUACGAAUAAAAAAUUGUCGAAAUUAAAUUUCGUUGGAAAAGUCGCGUAUCUGAAAUUUCUAAUUGUAUACUUAGUCUCGUCAGAAAAUUCCGUCACUUUUCUACUCGAAUGUGAUAAUCCCCGAACCAAUUUAUCCAGAUCAUCGUACGUCGAUCGAAAGGCGUCGGUACUCUUUCUUUCAUUUAUUUGACAAAAGUAUCUUCUUUUCAUGUUCCUGAAAAAAUCGUUGAAGAAAAAUAACACCGUCAUCGUCAUAGUGCAAUCUGCGAAAGGACAACGCGAACAAGAAAAGGGUAGCUAGCGAUGAAUUGAAGUCGUUUCGAGUUCGUUUAAGCAAAAUCUUUCCAAGCAGUCAGUAUAUCUUUCAGCCAGUAACAACGAAGGACCAAGGUACAAGCAUUUUCCUCGCUUUUAUUCGUUUAGUUUGAAAAAAAACAUUUUCUUAAUUUUAUUCGCUUGGAUUACAGAAACAUCUCCCUACCUUUAUUGAUUUAGAUUAAAAUCUUGUUCACAGAAUUUCCUUAUGAACUAUACUAUUUAUACAAUUGAGGCGCUAUAGUAAAUAUGGACAUGACUCGAAUAGAAAUGACACGGUCCCCUGCCGAUUGUAUUCUGUCUCUCGAAUUCCAAUUAACGGAGACAAUCAGGUUGUUGAGUUGAGAACUGAGGUCAUGUUUGGUAAUUUCUUGUUUUCCCUAACCACUUCAGACUCGUCGAAAAUUUCUAUAAAACUACACGUAUACCGUAGAUUCUAUUAGGUAGACCGAAAAGUAACGUCGUUUCUUUUACAUUAAAUUCAAACUUUUUAAUAAAUUUCUAUCUUUAAUUCAUUAUAUAAUCGCCCUCAUUGUCAGCAGCCUUUCGUCACCUAUUGUGCAAAUUCUCAAUGGCAGAAAAAUCAAUGAGCUGAUAAAUGAUAAACAAGUAUUUGAGAUGUCAAAAACGACAUUACUUUCCAGUCCACCUAACAUAAACAAGUAACAUGAUCUGUCGACUAUCCUAUGUCUUUGUCUCAUUUAGAGUUUAUGUAGGUUGCAGUUUAUCAUUUACAAUCGACAGUUUGCGGUGCAUCAAACACCAGUUCAAGUAACCUCUUAGCAAUUGCACACAAUUUCGAUAAACUAUUAACAAUGGUAGCGCAAACAACCACACCAACGGUUGUGGUCGUUGGACCAACGAUUCCACACUUCAACUUUAAACGACAGCCAUUUUAAUUACAUACAGUUCAAUUAACAUCUGAAAAAUUACACCGAAAUUAAACAACCAGUUAACAGUCCCUCGCAAUAUCCAUCUACAAAUCCUUCGCUCAACCGCGUCAUCUUCAUCCCUUCUGAAGCUCCCUCAAUCAAGCUCCACGUUGCUCUGAAUCUCUUUCCCCCACCCCGUGGCCCUCUCCUCAAGUUCGAAGAACCCCGACAUUCGAAAUCUCGCAAUCGAUCAGAAAAGUCGGCCGCAGUCGGUCGUUCGGUUCCGUCGUUCGCGUUUCCAGGCCAUCGCUAGCCCCGAAGGGUGGCAGAAGCAGUGUCUUUCCACCCACCGCGACUGGUGGGGAUGGUCGCGCGCAGGGGGCUCGCGGGUGGGCGUUCAAAGCUCGUACGCGCAUGUUUCUUCUCCGGCGGAACCAACGGAUCGAUGCUGGAAAUAACUCGAGCCGCAGGAGAGAGUACGAGGUGAGUCGGCUUCGCUUUCGGCAGGGCCUUUGCGGCUCCCCCAAACGCCCGCUUUUCCAUCCGAUUUUCCAGAGAACGAGCGAACCGUCAUCUAUCGCACGCGUCACGUCUCGUUCGCACGCGACCAAAUCGCCUCGCCAUCGUCGAUACCCACGAGCCGUUCCGCCGACGGAGCUCACUCCCCACGGUAGCAUCCCCGUCGAGCCUCUCUUCCGCUUUCCCUCUUCCGUUCAGUGCUGGUUCGUCGAUAAAAGUGCGCGACAACCGAGAGGAGCGUUGGUCUAUCCGAGUCGCGGGAUGACUCGAAAAAAAUGUGCGUCCUACCGAUGUGGCUGACGAGGCUGGAAUCAGGCCUCGCGCGAUCCACGGUAGCUCUUAAAGGAUGCACAAGCUAGCCAAGGGCCUGAAGAAGAAGAAAAAGCAGAAGAAGGGCAAGAAGGGGGCAGAGGAAGACGAGUUCGAUCCGGAGGAGCUCGAGAGCUAUAGGCGAUCGCGGGCAUUAGCCCAGACGAAGGUCGAGCCAUCCGGCGAGGAGGCCAGUAGCGCCGGUUCCGACGAGUGGAGAAAGUUCGAGGCUCUGACAGCUGGAGUUGACUCGAUCCUCAAGAAGACCCAGGGGGACCUAGAUCGCAUCAAGUCGACCUCGUUUUUCCAACGCAAACCUCCGUUAGAGGAGAAGAAAGAGAAGGAAGGGGAGGAGAGCCAGGAGGACACCGAGAAGAAGUCCUCGUCGAAGAAGUGGGUGGGUUUCGACGAGGAGGGCAACCCGAUCGAGGGGGAGCCGCCUGACUUCGAGGGGAAAGCGGGCAAGGAGAAACCGUUGGUCAACGAGGACGGUUUCGUCGAAGUUCCAGACGACGACGAUGAACCAGAGGUCUCCGCGGACGAGGACAUCUUCGACACCACUUACGUCGACGUUCUCCAGAACAUCGACGUUCAACUAGCCUACAUCCCGGACAGCCCGACCGAGGAAGAGGCUGGGGACGAUCCGUUCGACACCACCAGCGCGGACAAGGUUCUCAAGACAGUAGACAGCAAGGGGAAGAAGGUAGUCAGCCUAGGGAACGCGGUAGAGGUUCUCUCCGGGAGAAUCGAUUACGUCAGCACCUGUAAGAUCUCCAAGAACAGAAAGCCCAGGCUCCAGCAGGACCUGUUGUUGGACGACUUCGACGAGCCAGUGCCGUCGGAGGAGAACGCAGCAGUCCCUGAACCCAUUCAAGUCGAGAAGACCUUGCUGGACGAUGACAGCGACAUUCCAGACAUACCUGUAGACUUAACCAAGCUCCCGCCCGUUUUGCCCAAACCCGUUAUCCAGGAGAGCGCUGCAGAGAUCAAAGCGUCGAACAACGAGCCGCUCGACAUCUCGGAGUUCGAGAUUCUGAAGGAGAAGACCAUCUUGGAAGAGAUUCCCGAUUUGGACGACGCGGAAUUCGACCUAAGCGCCGCACCGGACGAGGUUCCGCGCCUCGAGGAAGCCGAAGAUCCGUUUAGUAGCAAGGAACCGGAAACCGUAGAUUUCCAAUCGGAAAUAAUAGAGGCCAGCUUUGAGGCGGCCACCUUCGCCAACGAGGAGGAUCCUUUCGACACCACCUUCGCCGAUAAUAUACUUCCUGGAAAGACAGAGCUCAAGUUCAUCGAGAAAGAGCUAGAGGAACUACCCGUCUCCGAGGUGACGAUCUCCUUGACCGACCCAGCUGGCCUGCGCAGAGACUACGAGACAGGUUUACUGACCGCCGAGAAUGGCGGAGCAGGUCUGCAGGCGAAGAGAGAUCUUCUAGGAGGAUCGACAACCGACUUGAGCCAGUUGGUCGACCAGCCCAUAGCGCCGGAGGAAGACAUCACUUACGUUGAUCCGUUCGACACCUCGACAGUGCAAGAGAUUCCACCUGGACAGACGGAGCUGAAGUUUCUGGAGAAGGAGCUACUGGGCGACCAGACACAGGUCCCGAGUGCGCUAGAGGACGACGAUUUCGAUCCCAGGAAGGACGAACAGCCAGCAAUAGUCGAGGCGACACCACCCAAACACCCGUCUAGACCGCCACCACCAACCGUAGCGGUUCAGCCAACGUUCGCGGUUGACUUUGUCGAGCAGGAGGUAGCAAACGACGUAGCUGAGUCGGGGGAUCUCGAACGGAGAACCUCCAGGCCAGAAGCCCUCGAGUUGGCACCCGCCAAGUCGGUCGCCUUCGAACUACCAACGCCGUCCAAGAGACCGGACCUCCUUACGACCUCGGAAGAAGAGAAGACCUUGCCCUCGAAGCCACUCACGCCGUACUACUCUCAGAAAUCCAUCGAAGAGUCCAUCCCCAUCGAGGAAGAAGAAGUGGAUGUCGAUCCGUUCGACACGAGCUUUGUAGCUAAGGUAGCGCCGGGGAAGACGGAACUAAAGCUAAUCGAGUCGGAACUGCUGAAGCAACAGGAGUCUAAGUUGCCUCAUAGCCUCAGCGAUCACGAUUUCGAUCCCAGAGGCGAGAACGAGCCGACCAGAAGGCAGAGCGAUUUCACGGCCGCCUCUAUCAGGCCGAGCAAUUUGAAGAUCAGCGAGUUGCAGAGCUCCGUGCUGAAGAAGUUCGAACAACCGCAACCAGCCAAGACACCCCAGCGUCAGGAGAGCCUACUGGACGCGGAGAUCGAGGUGGACGCUAAGCCGUUGACGCCGAGGAUCGAGUCGAAGCCCAUCGAGGAAGAAGAGAUCUCCUACAACGAUCCGUUCGAUACGUCCAUCGCCUGUAACAUACUACCAGGCAAAGCAGAGCUGAAAGUGCUAGAGAGCGAGUUGGAACAGAUCUCCGGCGAGGUUCCCGUGCGUCCUGCGCCCAUUAGCUUGACGACUCUCGUCCCGACCACGGUACCGGAGAUCGACGACCUCGAUCCCAGGGCGGAGGUGUCGAAGGAGGCGCAGGACUUUCUGUGCAUCGACGGCCAGGACCCCGGGGCGAAAGUCCUCACUCCUCUGCAGAACCAAAGCUUUUCCUUGGACGAAGACGUUGAUCCUUUCGACACCAGCUUCGCAACGCUAGGACCAGGGAAGACCGAACUGAAGCUGCUCGAGUCCGAAUUGAUGGACAAUCAAUUAAUUGCAUCAGUCAUCAUGGACUCGAAAGGGGGAAAUCCGUUCCUGAUGGACGACUACGGGGCCCAGCCGGACGACCGGCUUACGGGCCAAGCAACCUCGAAUCCAUUCCUUCAGGACUUCGCGCAACCGGAGACGACAGGCGCUGGCGAGAAUCCAUUCUUGAACUUCGCCGCGGACCAAUCGUACGAGCCCUCGGUUCCCGUCGACUCGACGAAUCCCUUCGCCUCGUUCGGCGUGGACACGUCCUCGCCGAGCACUGGCUUCGACACGACCACCGUCACCGAUACACCAGCGACCAAUAUAUUCACUAGCCAAGCGACGGAUAUGUUCGUGACGACCGAGGACGAAGCGAGCGCGAAUCUGUUCGCUGCUGAAGUCCCGUCGCAGACGCCCCAAGAAGUCUUCGUUCAACCUGCAGAUAUUACAACUUCGGUAACAUCACCGCCUCAACCGAAACAGGCAAAGCCAGUGCCGUCGAGGCCGCCGCCGCCGCCGCCUCCGCCGAGACCUCAACCUCCAGCACCUCCCAAGCACACAAAGGAUCUGAUCUUAUCCGUGACUGGAGCCAUGGAUGCCACUUCGAAUCAUCUCUUGGAUCGAUUGCAGGCAACCAGAACACCUAGUCCUACUCUGAUGCACUCUCCAUCCCCCACUCCGGAGCACAGUUUCGCGGACCUCCUGGACGUCGACUCGAACGUGCCGGAUCUGUUGUCGGACGACGGUCAAAUGGGGGAACCGCCUCAGAACCAAGACAUUAUGGACCUGUUUGACGCACCGAACACGGACACCACUACCACCACUAUCUUCUCCACUUCGAUGACUACCGGAGGCACUACCAGCUUGGUCACCGGAGUAGCUCUAACCACUACCGCCACAACUCAGGACAAUCCGUUCGCGAGUAUGACCGAGCAAGAGAUAUCCACUGCUCAGGGUGAAGAUGGUUUCCAGUCAGAUUACCCCGAGACCGCGUCCAUCACCAGCGAGAAGAGACCGUCCGUUGCUUCGACGACAGGCGGACUGGGAAGCGAGGUUGUCGACAACAUCGGAUUGGACUUCUCCGCGGAGGCUCCAGUCGUCCAGGAAUCGAGACUUUCGAUCACCGCCGCUGAAUUGUUCUCCGCGGCUACCGCGGAGCAGUUUACGACCGCCACCACUGAGUCCACGUUCUUCUCCGUCACGGAGACGACCGCCUCGGCGACGUUCGGUGGAACCGAGAUCACGCCCACACCGUUUUCGACGAGCUCCGCGCAACCACCUGCCGUGGAGCCUCUAUUCUCUUCCACGGACAUUAGCGCAACCUCUCAACCUGGCGGACCGUUCGCCUCGGACUUGCUAGGCGAUUUCGGAGCGCCCACCGCGGACAUGGGCAUCUCGGCAGCCACCAGCCCGAUGCCCGCCUCCGAAUUUCCUAUGAACGAAGCAUAUAGACCCGAGGAGCAGCUGGACAACUUCGCUGUCACCACCAAAGCCAUCGAGAGCACUGGCGACGCCUUCGACAUCUUCGCCUCCAAGUUCGAUAAAGCUGCCGAACCGGACACCAACGCGGAUCCGUUCAUGGACGCCUUCGGUGGUGGGCCAACUGCCAUGGAUACAUCUAGCGACGUCUGGGGCGACUCGUCCGUGACCGUGUCGGAAACAGCGACUGGUUUCGGGGAAACUGAUGGAUUCGACUCGUUCCUGAGCAUGACCGCCCCGCCGCAGGAAGCAAAAGUGAAGAGGACUGAGUCCGCGGAUUCCGACGAUGGUCCAGACUUCAGUGUAUUCAUCAAACCAAAAGAGGGCGAUCAGAGUGGGAUGACCGAAGGUGGGCCUGUUCCCGUGUUGGCUCCUCCACCCAAGAGCCCGCAGAACACCGCGUACGCUGAUACCUCGCCAAGAUUCAACCCGUUCGACAAGUCAGGAUUCGCCCAGGAUGCCGUCGUCCCUGAAGAGGGCGUUCAGCCAGCAGAGUUGACGAGGACGGACUCUCAGGAAACACCACCCACUCCCUUGUUUGACGAGGACGUCAGCCAACCGCUAGAGGACUUUCCAAGGAUAAACUUCACGGGCGAAGGAUGGGAGAUGCAGCUGCGCCAACCGAACAAGAAGAAGAUCACGGGUCAGCGAUUCUGGAAGAAGAUCUUCGUCAAGCUUGUCUACCAAGGCGACAACCCGGUUCUGCAAUUGUUCAACAACAGCGAGGACAAGGACCCCUUCCAAGAGCUGCCUCUGCUGCCCUGUUACUCGGUCUCCGAUAUCGGCGCUCAGCAGUUCGAUCAGUACGGCAAGAUAUUCACGGUGAAGCUGCAGUACAUCUUCUACAAGCAACGGCCUGGAGUUCGACCUGGUCAGGUGACCAAGGCGGAGAGACUGACGAACAAGCUCAGCCAAUUCGCCGCGUACGCCAUCCAGGGCGAUUACCAAGGUGUGAAGGAGUUUGGCAGCGACUUGAAGAAGCUAGGACUGCCUGUUGAACAUGCGCCACAGGUCUCCCAGCUGUUCAAGCUCGGCUCCCAAAACUACGAGGACUUGAAGCUGUUUUCCUGCGCUAUCGAGGAAGCUCUGUUCAGGCUGUCCGCUCAUCGAGACCGCGCCCUCAAUUACAAGAUGGAGGAAGUCCAGAUCACAGUGGUGGACGAGCUUUAUGUCGAGCAGAGUGCCGACGGUCACGUGGACAAACAGAUAGCUCGCGUUCGACUCUUCUUUUUGGGUUUCCUUACGGGUAUGCCUGACGUUGAGCUGGGGAUAAACGACAUGUGGCGGCAGGGGAAGGAAGUGGUGGGCAGACACGACAUCAUACCAGUCGUAACGGAGGAAUGGAUCCGUCUAGAGAACAUCGAGUUCCACGCGUGCGUCCAGCAGGACGAGUACGAGAAGUCCAGGAUCAUAAAGUUCAAGCCACCCGAUGCAUGCUAUAUCGAACUUAUGAGAUUCCGAGUAAGGCCGCCUAAAAAUAGGGAGCUUCCCCUUCAGCUUAAAGCCGUAAUGUGCGUUACCGGUAACAAGGUAGAGCUGAGGGCAGACAUUCUCGUGCCGGGGUUCGCCUCGAGAAAGCUGGGCCAGGUGCCCUGCGAGGACGUGAUGGUUCGAUUUCCUAUCCCGGAGUGCUGGAUAUACCUGUUCCGUGUGGAGAAGCACUUUAGGUACGGGUCCGUGAAGUCUGCUCACAGAAGAACCGGGAAGAUCAAAGGUAUAGAGAGAUUCCUGGGCGCAGUCGACACGUUAGAGCCACAGCUAAUGGAAGUCACCUCGGGCCAAGCCAAAUACGAACACCAGCAUCGUGCUAUCGUUUGGAGGAUGCCUAGGCUACCGAAAGAAGGCCAAGGAGCAUACACGACGCAUCAAUUGGUCUGCCGCAUGGCUCUAACUUCUUACGAUCAGAUCCCUGAAAACCUCUCCGAGUACUGUUACGUGGAGUUUACGAUGCCAGCGACUCAAGUGUCUCAUACGACCGCGAGGAGCGUUAGUCUUCAGAACAGCGACAGCGACGCACCGCCGGAGAAAUACGUCAGGAACUUGUCGCGACACGAGUAUAGAGUUGGAAUCGAGCACACGCAGGGUGAAGGACCGGGUGCGUAUUUAUCGGCGACGAAGAAGAUCCCUGAAUCGACGCCAGAGGUCCCCGCGGAAGUCACUGAUGCACCUGCGGAGUCCGACUCGGAUUCCUCCGAGUAAUCAGCAGCCGGAGCUGCUAUGUAAGGUAAAACAGGUUCGACGCAUACAAAAUUCAAGAUGCAUUCAUUCGAGCGGUUAACAGUUACUUACUAAUAAUAGUUGUUAAAAGGAGAAACGUAAAAGCUCCUGUUCUAUUGAGGGUCUACUACAGAGGGAGAACGAUGCCUGUGACUCGACAGGGGGCGCGGCGUUUCGCGAAUCGUCGUUUGAAAAAGAAAGAAACGCAACAUAUGUACCUUGAUGUAAAAUAAUCGUGUAAUCCGCCUGUAAGCGAAGGUGAUUUCCCCGUAGCUUCGAACGCACAUCAAUAUUAACGGUUAACGAUAUCAUUCGCGUUGCUUCGUUCGUUUCAGAUCGACUCGACUCGCGAGACGCCCUUAGUAGUGUUGGGCAGAACGUGAUCCAUGAUUAUAACUACUAAUUAAUCAUGAUUAACAAACGACCGAAAAGAUUAUAAAUUGCUAAUGAUCGUAGCUUACAAAUAUAGUUUGCGAUUACCGAUUAAUCCGACAAUUUCGAUUGCUACAAAAGUGAUCGUUACAAAAAUAAUCGCAAAGGAAUCACUGUCCAGCUCUGGCCUCCACC